GUCCAGGCGAACGUGGAGAAGUCCUUGACGCUCUUUGGGCAGCUCCUGAACAAGAAGCACUUCUUGCUGACCUUCAUCCGCACCCUGGAGGCUCAGCGCAGCUUCUCCAUGCGGGACCGCGGCAACGUGGCGUCCCUCAUCAUGACGGCGCUGCAGGGUGAGAUGGAGUACGCCACAGGUGUGCUGAAGCAGCUCCUCUCUGACCUCAUCGAGAAGAACCUGGAGAGCAAGAACCACCCCAAGCUGCUCUUGCGGAGAACGGAGUCGGUGGCAGAGAAGAUGCUGACAAAUUGGUUCACGUUUCUGCUGUACAAGUUCCUGAAGGAGUGGGCUGGGGAACCGCGCUUCAUGCUCUACUGUGCCAUCAAGCAGCAGAUGGAGAAGGGACCCAUUGAUGCCAUCACAGGAGAGGCUCGCUACUCCCUCAGUGAAGACAAGCUGAUCCGGCAGCAGAUCGACUACAAAAUGCUGACCCUCAACUGCGUGAACCCCGAGAACGAGAACGCCCCAGAGAUCCCGGUCAAGGUGCUGAACUGCGACACCAUCACGCAGGUGAAAGAGAAACUGCUGGAUGCCGUCUACAAGGGGGUGCCCUAUUCCCAACGACCCAAAGCUGGAGACAUGGACCUGGAGUGGCGGCAGGGCAGGAUGGCCCGGAUCAUCCUGCAGGAUGAAGAUGUCACCACCAAGAUUGACAAUGACUGGAAGAGGCUGAACACCCUGGCCCACUACCAGGUGACGGAUGGCUCUUCGGUGGCCCUGGUGCCCAAGCAGAACUCGGCGUACAACAUCUCCAACUCCUCCACCUUCACCAAGUCCCUCAGCAGAUACGAGAGCAUGCUGCGGACAGCCAGCAGCCCCGACAGCCUGCGCUCGCGGACGCCCAUGAUCACUCCCGACCUGGAGAGCGGCACCAAGCUCUGGCACCUGGUGAAAAACCACGACCACAUGGACCAGCGGGAGGGCGACCGGGGCAGCAAGAUGGUCUCCGAAAUCUACCUGACCCGCCUGUUAGCCACCAAGGGCACCCUGCAGAAGUUCGUGGAUGAUCUGUUUGAGACCAUCUUCAGCACAGCGCAUCGUGGGAGCGCGCUGCCCCUCGCCAUCAAGUACAUGUUUGAUUUCCUGGAUGAACAGGCUGAUAAGCAUCAGAUCAACGAUUACGAUGUCAGGCACACCUGGAAGAGUAACUGUCUACCUCUACGUUUUUGGGUGAAUGUGAUUAAGAACCCCCAGUUUGUGUUCGACAUUCACAAGAACAGUAUUACUGAUGCCUGCCUCUCCGUGGUGGCUCAGACAUUCAUGGACUCCUGCUCAACUUCUGAGCACAAGCUAGGAAAAGACUCUCCUUCCAACAAGCUACUGUACGCCAAGGACAUCCCCAACUACAAGAGCUGGGUAGAAAGAUAUUAUGCAGAUAUUGCUAAAAUGCCAGCGAUCAGUGACCAGGACAUGAGCGCGUACCUGGCGGAGCAGUCGCGGUUACACCUCAGCCAGUUCAACAGCAUGAGCGCACUGCACGAGAUCUACUCCUACAUCACCAAGUACAAGGACGAGAUUUUGGCCGCCUUGGAGAAGGACGAGCAGGCCCGGAGGCAGCGGCUGAGGAGUAAGCUGGAGCAGGCGAUCGACACAAUGGCCUUAAGCAGCUGA